CAAAGUGUGGAGUGUGUGUUAGAGUUCGUGCAGAGUGAAUGAGUGAAUGUGAAGGUUUCUACACUGUACAGAGUGAGAGUGAAUGAGUGAACAUGUCCGCAGUGGAGGUAGCGCCGGUAGAAGACGCGGAUAAAGCAGCAGCGCUGGAGGUGGCGGCUGGGGUGGUGGAGGCGGUGGAAGCGGUGGAAGCGGUGGAGGCCGGGAACAGUGCUGGAGAUGAGGAGGAAGAAUGGCUCUAUGGAGAUGAAGGAGAAACAAAGGAGACUGAGGAGGAUGAAACCGCCAAACUUACUGCAGCCGUCAGCACCCUUGCUGUCCCCCCAGCUGUCCCUGAGGAUAUCAGUGCUGAAAAUGGAGUCACCAGUCAGGAUCAGGAGGAGACUCGGGCUGAAAAUGAGGACAGCGAGAGUGACAGUGAUGACGACGAUGAUGACGAUGUGCGUGUUACCAUCGGUGACAUCAAGACUGGAGCACCACAGUACACGGCGUACGGUGCAGCACCAGUGAACCUGAACAUAAAGACAGGUGGCAGUCGACCAUACGGAGCAGUUGGAGCCAAGGUGAAAGGUGUGGAUCUAGAAGCCCUGGGCAGCAUCAACGGCGUUCCCGUACUGGAGGUUGACAUGGAGUCGUUUGAGGAAAAGCCCUGGAGACAACCUGGUGCGGACUUGUCUGACUACUUUAAUUACGGCUUUAACGAGGAGACGUGGAAGGCGUACUGUGAGAAACAGAAGCGGUUGCGAAUGGGCCUUGACGUCAUGAGCAUCGGCUCCACCACCAGCAAGAUCACUGUGCAGCAGGGAAGGACAGGCAAUGACAAAGAGGUUCCGGUGACAGCUCAUGUUCCUAAACCUGACUUUACUUCCACAUCCACUGUGUACAAGGCCAACCCUAACCCAGCCAGAAUAUCCCCUCCGCAGUGGAUGGGGCCUGCACCCCAAGACAUGCCCUAUUUUACGAAGUCUAGCGGAACCAUCGAUGUAAUUGGUGGACAAACAGCCACCAUCAGCAGAGUGGAGGGGCGACGCCGCCACAAUCUGGAAGGAAACAACAUUCAGGUGCUUUCUGAACAAUCCUCCCCUGAUGCCGAGGCCACGCCUGCAAAAAUCCCUCCCUUCUUCCCACCGGGUCCGCUCCCACCCAACUUGCCCCCUCCACCGUUCCUGCCCCCGCCCCCUGUUAGCCAGGCUCCACCCCUCAUUCCUCCACCAAGGCUGCCGAUCACCGUCCCUCCUCCUGGUUUUCCACCUCCUGGAGCCCCGCCCCCAUCACUCAUACCGACUAUGGACGGCGGGCAUCCUGGAGGGUAUGACUGUCGUCCUGUUACUCCAUACCCCUUCCCACCAGGGGGUUACCCGCCACCCAUGCAGGGGCCUGUGAACAACUGGGGCAGCAUAAUGGAGAAUUCAAAGCAGUGGGAUUAUUACCCCCGCCGAGAGAAAGAAAGAGACAACAAGGAAAGAGACAGGGAGAGAACAAGGGAUCGCGGCCAUGACCGGGACAGAGAGAGAGAUCGAGACCGGGAACGAGAACGAGACAGAGAACGAGACCAUAGUCCCUCAACUAUGGUCUAUAAUAGCGAUGAAGAACGCUACCGUUACCGUGAAUAUGGUGACCGCGGGUACGACAGACAUCGGGAACGGGCCAGCCGGGAGAAAGAGGACAGACACCGUGAGAGGAGACACCGGGAGAAAGAGGAGGGUCGACACAAGUCCUCACGCAGCAGUAGCAGAAGGAGGCACGACAGUGAGGAAGGGGACAGCCAUCGCAGACACAAACAUAAGAAAUCUAAGAGGAGUAAAGAAGGAAAGGAGCCGAGCGAGGAUCGAACCGGCGACCAGGAGAAUCAGGAGAGCAUGGAGUAACCCCGCUCACUAAACCUUUCUUCUAACAGCUCCGAAUCAUGCUUACAGCAGCAGUCCUAACCCGAUAAGAGCGUCUCUAGUCUCUCCCCAGUUUGUUUUGUCUAUUUUAGUUCCUUCAUGUGUUCCAUUAUUGUUGUUUUGCUGAGUACCAUGUAGAUGUUGAACUGUUGGAUUAAAAAAAGCAUUUGGUAAUUUCUGUAA